ACCGGAACGAGAGUGGGCUCCUGAAACAUUUUUUAGUGGGGAAUCCGUGGCGUACGUCGGGUCUUUGGCCAAGCAACGUCGGAUGACACACAUACCUGACCCGGUUUUGUUAGCCCGGAACAAGCACAGCAGCUGCGGUAAUUCCGCCGCGCUGGUCGCAGUGCAGUUCUUACCACGAGAGACGAGUUUAAGACGGUUUUUGUUGUCCGACAUAAACUUACAAAGUAUAUUGAUCGCCCGGAACACAAAGUUUUCUAAUUAUUGGAAAGAAAUAAACUUUUAAAAUGCGACUUUCGGUCGUAUUCGAACUUUUGUUGAUCUUUUUGAUCAUAGCAUUUGCGGCUUACGGUAGAGUAGUUCCAGACAAUAAAGAUGUUUGGAGAACUAGUUUAAACAAUGUAAAAGAACAUUUAAAAAUGAUGGGUCAAGCUCGACAAGCGCCAGCCGUUCCAAAUCGUUAUUGUGCUUGUUCUGAUCUUAUGUGUAAUUGCUGCAGAGAUUUUUCGUUACCCGUAGUUCCAAUUAAAGGACCAGGUUGCGCGACUCUUAAGUAUUUGAAAGGUGAUAAAAUGGCAGUGACGAUGAGCUUCGGUGACAGAGUAUUACGUAAUACUACUAUAUCCGGGAGAAAGCCUAAACCCGUGUGUAUGAACCUGCCUGGUGGUGUUUCAAAGUUUUGCGGUCGAGUUUACGGGAUAUCACGCGACGGGGAUCAAUUUAGAGCUUGUUUGGGACUUGAAUUGAGGGCUUUGGACGACGUCGAGGCAGCAUUGAGAGUAUCAUGUUUCCGUUUUGGACCUCAAGGAAUGAAGGUAGAGCCCGGCCAACCGUUACCUUCGUUGGCUCAAGGUGAGGAUGAAGACGACGAAGAUGACGACGAAGAUGACGACGAUGAUGACGAUGACGAUGACUACGGUUUGGGUGCUGCCGACGAAGAAGAAGAUGAUGAUGAUGAUGUGGCUGAAGAAGAAUCCGAAAAUGACGUAGACUCGACUGGUUAUACUGGAUUCAGCGCUUUAAGUUCAGACUUUUUAAGUAGCUUGUUUGGAGGUGGUGCCGCAGCAGCAGAAGAAGAUGAUGUAGUGGAAAAUGUAAAACCUUCUACAGUUAAGCCUGUUACCGUCAAAACUAAAGCAACAACAGCAGCUUAUUCGACUAGUCAACAAACUGAAAAACAAGUGAGUGUUGAGUCUGUUACAUCAACUUCAUACACCGUUAGCGUUGUACAAGAUUCAGAUACGUCUACUUUAGCGUCACUAGAUGAAAACCCCACAGAUCGUGUCGAAACGAUUCCUAAUAGUGUUCAAGUAUCUGCGUCCACAUCGGCAACUACAAAUAAAAAGGAUAAAGACUAUGAUGAUGACGAGGAUGAUGACGAUGAAGAUGACGACGACAUAGUGUCAGAUAUUAUUGAUUCGGCCGCUGACGUUGUUGGUAUUUCCGAUACCGAAAAAAACCAAACCACUAGCACGGGGAUAGUAACGAAUAAAACCGUUGUAACCGUUACUGAAGCCACAACAGCAGCUGUUGCUUCAAGCAGUGUUACACCGGCUGUUAAAGGUCAGGAAAAUGAUGAUGAUGAUGAUGAUGAAACGGAAGAGGAUGAUGACGAUGACGAAUCGUUUAGAAGUCUUAAAGAAUUAACGCCAAUAGCCAUAGUACCUAAUGAUAGAAGAGGUCGAUCUCACAGACGGAUGAGAUUGUCUUCUUCAGAUCCAGAUGAAACGGCUAUACAUUUCAUGAAGAAAGUAUGACCACUAUGAAAAAUUAUUGCUCAUUGUUUACUCAACAAAAAUCUACAGCGUUUCUUCAAGGACGCUUAGGUGUAUAUAAGUAAUGUUAAAGUUAAUUUAUUUAUUUAUUGAAAUGAAUUUAUUUGGAAUAAAAAAAUAAUUAUUCUAUGAAAAA